AUGGUCACCCGUCUCCAUGAUAUAUUUUAUAAUACUAAGGCAACCUUGUUAUCAAAAGCCGAUAUUAAAGAAAUUAGAGAAUCAAGAGACUAUAAAGAACGCCUUCAGCAAGGGGUUACUUCAUCUCAGUCUGUUUUAGAGGAGAAUUUCCAAAUUUAUAAGAAGAAACAGAUUCCUGAAGCAGUACCAGAAGAAGUAUCUACACCCCUUCUAUCUACAGAGAUUCCAAAAAAGAAUAGUCAAAAAGGGAAGGUUAAAAUAGAUGAGAAGCUGAUUACUAAAGCAACCAGUAUGGUGAAAAAAAAUAACAAAAAUAAUAUGGCCUCUUCCUCUGACAAUUCGUCUGAUACAUCCAGAGAAGAUAGGUUAGAAUCUCUUCUUGAAAACUUAGUCAAACAUGGUGAAAAGCUUAAAAGCUUAACAGUUGAUACUUCUGAUAUCUCUUCUAUAUAA